AAAAAAGGGAUAAUUACACAUUACCCACCUGUGGUUUACCUCUAAUUCUAAGUGCCUACCCGUGGUUUGAAUUUUGACACUUUGCCCACCUGUGAUUAUCUCCGUCUAUGUGCCGUGUGCCCACCUCUCCCUCACCGUUACUCUAACAUAGGAAAUAGAUCAAAGGUUACUCCCAUCCAGAUCAAAACACCCUCUUUUCCAAAAACUACUCAGUCACUCUCAUCCCGCUUACUCACCAAAAAUCACUCAGUGUCACUCCCAAAAAUCACUCAAAAUCACUCACUCACUCCCCCUUCACCGUUAACGUAAGAAAUAGUUGAAAAGUCACUCCCAUUUCCCAUUCGUUCACUCUUGCUUACGAAAAAUCACUGAGUGUCACUCCCAAGAAUCACACAAAAUCACUCACUCACUCACUCACUCCCAUCGUUCGUGCAAACCGAACCAACGAAGACGGCUUCUCCGUUCAGCUGUGGCAGGAAGACUCACUCCUGGGUAUCGCGCUUCGCUUCACUUGACUGGGAUUUGAAAGCUUGAGGUCGUGCAUGCAAACCGAUUUGAGGAGGAUCAAGAUUAUUGCCUCUGUUCUGUUCAGCCGUUGCAGAUGGCUGACUUAGUAUUCAAUUUUGAGAUUCAUCAUGGUGGGCAGUUUGUGUGGAACCCAGAUUUGGAAUAUUUAGGAGGUAGUACUUCUUUUGUUGAUAAUGUUGACCCAGAUAGACUUAGUUAUUUUGAAAUACAAGAUAUUUGUUGUGAUGUGGGGGCACUUAGUACAAGUAGAUAUCAUUAUCUUAUUCCUGGAGGUAAUUUGGAGCAAGGGUUAAGGCUUAUAAAUGAAGAUGAUGAUGUUGUUUAUAUGUGUGAGAUCCAUGCUGCAUGGCCUACAGAUAAGAUAACACUAUAUGUUGAGGGUGGUGAGGAGCCACUUGCUGUUGAACAACCAUUUGGUAAUGAGGAAGUAGCAGAUGAUGAUGAUGAUGUGCAUGAGGUGGGUGAGAGUGAUGAUGAUGUGCAUGAGGUGCAUGAGGGAGGUAAUGUGGAUGCUGAAGGAGGUGAUAGUGAUUGGUUAGAGGAAGGGUUUGAGGGGCCAGAUUUUGAUGAUGAUGUUUUUGGAAAUGUAGAUGAUGGGCCAUCUACACGUGCAGCCCCACAUAGGCCCUCUGAAGGAGAUGAUGGGCCAUCUACACAUGCAGCCCCACAUAGGCCCUCUGAAGGAGAUGAUGGGCCAUCUACCCAUGAGGAUGUACAUGUGUAUGCAGCCCCACAUAGGAAUACUGCAGCUGACAAUGACCCACCUCUUGAAGAGGGUGAAUGGAUUGACCCACCUCUUGAAGAUGACAUGGAAAGUUUAGUAGGGUCUGAUGAUGAUCAGCCAGCACCAGCUGCAAAAGAACCUGAGUUUAAUGUCCAAACUGACAUGAGAAAGCCAGAGUUAAGGAAAGGAAUGAAGUUUCCAAACUCUAAAGUAUUUAGGGAGGCAUUGAGGGAAUAUGCGAUAAAGAAGCCAGUAAAUAUCAAGUUCAAGCUGAAUGAGAAGAAGAAGAUAUCAGUUUAUUGUAUCAAUGAAUGUGGAUGGAGGUGUUAUGCAUCUCAACUACCUGAAGAGUUGACAUUCCAAAUAAAGACAUUCAAUCCGGAGUGCACUUGCCCUAGAUCCUUCAAACACAGCCAAGUGACUUCAACUUAUGUUGCAAAGAAGUUUAUGCAGGAGUUUGACAAAAACCCCAAUUGGAAAGUGGCUGGUGUUCAACAUCAUGUGAAGCAAGCACUUGAAGUUGACAUAAGUUACAGUCAAGUGUAUAGGGCAAAAAGGAAAGCUACUGACUUGGUUACUGGGGAUGAACAGCUGCAAUAUGGGAAACUUAGAGAUUAUGCAGAGAUGAUAAGAUUGACUGAUAAAGGAAGUAGGGUUAUUUUACAAACUGAAAUGGAAGAUGAAAAUGCACAGCCGAAAUUUAAGAGAAUGUAUAUUAGGUAUAAUGCAAAAAAACUUGGGUUUUUGGGAGGUUGUAGACCAAUUAUUGGUUUAGAUGGGUGCCACUUGAAAGACAGAUUUGGGGGGCAAAUACUUUCUGCCAUAGCUAGAGAUGCAAAUGACAACAUUUUCCCAGUUGCAUUUGCUGUUGUUGAGCAAGAAAACAAAGAUUCAUGGGUAUGGUUUCUGCAGCAAUUUUCAAAUGACAUUGGGGAUCCACAGCAACUUAAUCUGGUCUUCAUCAGUGACAGACAAAAGGGCCUUAUACCUGCAAUUGAGAUGCUGUUCCCAACUUGUGAGCAUAGAUAUUGUGUGAAGCAUAUCUAUAAUAAUUUCAAAGUGGAUCAUAAGGGCUUGGAGUUGAAGGAUGCACUGUGGAGAUGUGCUGGAGCCACAACAGUGAGGGAGUUUGAAAGAAGAAUGCAGGAAAUGAAGGACUUGGAUGUCAAGGCAUGGGAGUAUCUUGCUGACAUCAACCCUGCACAAUGGUCUAAGUCUCACUUUAGUAGUAGAGCUUUGUGUGAUUGUUUAGCUAAUAACUUGAGUGAGUCUUUUAAUGCCAUGAUUUUAGAAGCUAGGGAUAAGCCAAUUUUAGCAAUGUUGGAGUGGAUUAGAGUUAGGCUCAUGACCAAACAAUACAAAAAGAUGAGAGGUAUAGCAAAAUACACUGGAAAAGUUUGUCCUAAUAUUCAAGACAAAUUAGAGAAGUUAAAACAUGAAUCUAUACCUUUCAGUGCUACUCCAGCAGGCAGCUUCAUGUAUGAGGUUGAUAAUGGUCAUGAGAGACAUGUGGUUGACUUGGCUAAGAAAGCAUGCAGCUGUAGGAUUUGGGAUUUGACAGGACUUCCCUGCAAACAUGGGAUCUCUGCUAUUGUUAAGAACCUGGAGAAAGUGGAGGACUAUGUGCAUCCUUGUUACUUAAAAGAGACAUUUGCUGAAACAUACAAAGAGAUAAUACAGCCAAUGCCUGGCCAGUCUGAGUGGGUUAAGACUAACCAACCUGCUCCUGUUGCUCCUCAUGUGUAUAAACCACCUGGCCGACCACCAAAGCAAAGAAAAAGAGAUCCUGAAGAGCCAAGGAACCCUUAUAGAGUUUCUAGGAUGAACAAGACAAUCAAGUGUGGGAAGUGCAAGAAAGAAGGACAUAAUGCAAGAGGGUGCAAGGCAGGCAUCACUGGUGAAACUCCAUGGCAGAGAAGAGAUAGACUUGCUAAAUCAGCAGCUGCACAAGGCAGUAAAUCUACAAAAACAAAGCAGACUGCAACACCUCAAACUGCAUCCCAGCCACCAAGUGCUACAUCUCAGAGUGCAUACAGAGCUUUUGAUCAAACUGCAUCUCAACCUGCACCAAACCAUAGAUUUGAGGCUGCAACUCAACCUGCAACUAGAUCUAAGCCAAGUGCAUCUGCUAGGGGGUUUAAAGGCAGAAAGUUUCAACCAGUUGGUGGAAAGGGCAAGAAUGCAGCUGGCAAGGGUAAGAAUGCAGCUGGCAAGGGCACCUAA